AUGUCCAUGACAAGGCCUAAGGAUUUGCCAAAUGCCGUGGUCACCGAGAAAGACACAACCAAUGUGCGCCGGCUACGUCGAUGGGCACCCAAAGCCCGGACUGGGUGUCUGACCUGCAAGAUUCGACGAAUUAAAUGCGAUGAGAUCAAGCCGAGUUGCAAAAAAUGUACUUCAACUGGACGCAAGUGCGAUGGCUACGAGGAUUGUGCCGUAGAUACUCAGCCUAUUGGCUCAAUUCGAUCGUCUACUUCAGUUGCGAAGAAGACAACCCGCUCUAGGGCUUUGGUACCUGCAGCAGCGCCAAUCUACUCUGUAUCAUGGCUCCCAUUCUACGGCGGGGAGCUCCAAAAGCGAAACUUUGACUUCUUUCAAUCAGUGACCUCUUCGGCACUUUCAUCUUUCUACGGAAGUGAAUUCUGGGCCUCAGAGACGUUACAGGUUGCGCAUCAAUAUCCGGCUCUGUUUCAUGCCAUUACGGCUUUUGGUAGCAUACAUCACGGUUACUUGAGCGAUACGACACCGUUAGAUGUACCUCGCACAGGGAAAAAUGAUCAUAUUGAGUUCGGACUUCAGGAAUUUAACAAGGCUAUUAAAUCCAUGUCCGCCCUUAUAUCGCAAAAAGAGCUUUCAGCUCAAGACCAACAGGCGAUUUUAACGACCUGUAUACUUUUCACUGGCCUCAGCUCUCUUCAGGGGAGACAGUCGCAGGCGUUUAUGCAUGUCAAAAAUGGGUUGAGGAUGAUUCAUCAUUGGCGUCUGAAUAGUCGCCUGAUCAGCUCGAAAGAAAAAAAUGCGGUGGAUAUGCUCCUGUUAACAUUUAUACAAUUAGAUACGCAAAUACGACCUUAUCUCGCCGGCCAGGAAUCUUUUCUACAAUGGAUAGAUGAGGUUAUAGUUUCCCCAUCAUCUCGUCGGCGGAUCUUUCGGACGGUAUUCGAGGCGUAUUUUGACCUUGAAAUAUUCCUUAAUGAGCUUUUCCGAUUAGAUUUCAACGCAUACUCGUUCGACCAGCUUUAUAUAGAGAUAGACUUAUUGAACAAACAGGCAGAUAUCUGGGAUCGACAGUUUGGACAAUUAUUAUCUACGAUCACGCCAAACAUCUCAGACAUGGAUGCAUUAGUUGCCAUUCGACUUCGGCGAGAGUAUGCUCGUGCCAUACUGUCCAGUUUAGUGGUCAACGGGAAGGACAAUGUGCACGAUGAAAUGCUUCCAACAUACCAGGUAAUAGUGAAUCUUGCCCAAAAGAUCCUUCAAAAGGACAGUCGUGCAUCACUUUCCGGCGUACCAAAUAAUCGGAAACUUGAACACCCGAUCUUUGUUCUCGGAAGCACUGUCGUCGAACCUCUCUUCUUGGCUGCAACACGCUGUCGGGAACCUAUACUUCGUCGUCAAGCGCUGCAAUUACUGCGUCAAUGUCCCCGGCGGGAGGGGAUUUGUGAGGGUAUGAUGGCUGUUAGGAUAGUGCAAGAGGUUAUUGAAGUCGAGGAAGAAGGGUGCCUACGAUCUGUUGACUGGCGCAGACGACAUUCGGCUUCGCCAACAACCGCUUCUCCGUAUCGGUCUACAUCUCCAUGCCGUCAAUUCUUGCCAUCCAGGGGAUGUCCGGAUUCAUUGACCCAAAAUAACUUUCGGGGAACAACGGAAUUACCUGAUGGAUUCAUGAACCAUAUCAAUGGACCCAUAUCACCCAAUAUCGAAGAGAUGAAGACGAUCAGGUCUAAGAUCCCGACUGAGAAAAGUCAAUGCUCGGAAAAAGGGAAAUGGGUCUGUGAACAACAUCGAGUUGUAGACACUCAAUUUUUGCUUCUUACGGAGCGGCAGCUCAAAAUAGUCAUCUGGACUAAGGAGGAUCGUGAAUCGAAUAGAAUGGGUAGAGAAAUGGUUUUGACGUGGUGGUGAGGACGUAGGGAUGGCCCAGUGCUUCUGUCUAUGACCGGAUUGGCGAGAGGGAACAGAAACGAGCCAAUGCGAUCAGUCUUAGAUACCUGUUUUUGCCAACAUUUAUGAACGGACUGAACCAAGCAAUACCCUCAUAUUUUCGUAGUCGGUAUAGACCGAAAUGCAACACGCCCAUCUUCAACCUUCAGCACGUGUACGAAAACAUUAACCCUCAAUCUUGGAAGAUUCAUUAGAGCUGCAAAACGGGAAACGUGCGAAACAUCAUUAUGGCAUUUUGGACACUGCCAGUCCUUGCUCGAUUCAUCGUCUUUUUCAAGUUUUUUGAUACAUGCAUUGCAGAAGGUGUGAUCGCAAGGUCGUAUACUAUAAAGCGUGGAAAGAAAACGAGAUAUUAGAAUAGUACUACCUGCCACAUUAUAAAGAU